GGAGAGAAAGUAGAAGUGUUGCUUUGUGUUGAAAAUGGGUGAGAGGAUGGCUCAUGAAUUGCUCUCUCUGCUUCUUCUUCUUCUUAUCCUUCUCAACUACUUGUUGCUUUCAUUUGCAGAAUCACCAACCACAGCAAAAGAGGAUGUGAAUGCCCUCAAUAGUCUGAAGAACUUAAUGCAAAAAGUACCCCAAAGCUGGGAGAGUUCGGAUCCUUGCAAUGGCUGGGAGGGAAUUACCUGCACCCAAUCACGUAUUACUUCCAUAAAAUUAGCAGGCAUGGAGUUGAAUGGCCAGAUUUCUGCAGAUUUUGGACUCCUCUCUGAAUUAAAGACUCUGGAUCUCUCUUACAAUAAGAACCUAGAAGGACCAUUUCCAAAAGCAAUUGGAAAUUUGAAGAAGCUGGAGGAAUUAUUUCUUGUGGGUUGUGGUUUCACUGGUCCUAUUCCGGAUGAAAUUGGAUCGUUACGAGAGCUUGUCUUUUUAUCUAUAAACUCUAACAGCUUUAGUGGAAGAAUUCCAGCCUCCAUUGGCAAUCUAUCAAAACUUGAAUGGCUAGACUUGUCCGAUAAUCAGCUUGUUGGACCUAUCCCAGUAUCAAGUGGAGCUACUUCUGGUUUAGACAUGCUACUUAAUACACUGCACUUUCAUCUUGGGAACAACAACCUAUCAGGAGCUAUUCCUCCGGAACUUUUCAGCUCAAAUAUGGCUCUGAUACAUUUGAUCUUGAAUGACAAUAAACUUACUGGCAGCAUUCCCAAAACACUUGGACGUGCUCAAAAUCUAACGGUGGUGCGCUUGGAAAAUAAUUUUUUGACUGGCUUUGUACCUGAGAACCUGACAAACCUCCGCAAUGUUACAGACCUGAUAUUGUCCAAAAAUAAUCUGUGGGGUACCAUUCCAAACCUCAGUGGAAUGACUGCCCUCCAGUAUCUGGAUAUGAGCAACAAUAACUUCGAGCCAUCCGAAUUUCCAUCAUGGCUUCAAAAUUUACAAUUUUUAAAAUCACUAAUAAUGGAAAACACAAAUCUUCGAGGGAAGAUUCCUGCUGCAUUUUUCAGUCUAGCCAAUUUACGGACUGUGGUUCUGAAAGACAAUGAACUCGGUGGAAGCUUGGACAUUGGCACCAACUACAGCAAACAACUGAAACUGAUUGAUUUGCAGAAUAAUAGUAUUGAGGAUUUUAACAAACAAGAUGAAGCCUCUGGGAUCACAAUAAUACUUGUGGACAACGCUGCUUGCUAUGAAACAGGCUCUGAAACAAGCACCCUCUGCACCAUACAGAAUAAACCACCUGCAGAGUCGCCCAAGAAUUGUGUGCCCGAUAGAUGCAGUGUUCCAAAUCAGAUUUCUAGUCCCAAUUGCAAAUGCGCACAACCAUAUGAAGGAACUUUAUCUUACAAAGCUCCUUCUUAUAUGACAAACGAAACUUACGUUGAGGAAUAUCUAUUGGAAACAUUCCGAUCCCACCAUCUACCUGUGGACUCUGUUUCUGUGAUCACUCCAACUUGCUUUCCAUUUCAUUGUUUUAAAUCCCUCAUACGAAUCUUCCCUUCAGACCAAGACCACUUCAAUCAAACAAUGAUAUCUGCAAUAAGUCUGCUACUGAGUAACCUCACUACAAUUCAAGCAUAUUCUUUUGUUCUUGGUCCUAAUGACUAUGGCAAUGGACUUGAAAGUUCACGUAAAUCAUCAAACGCCAGCAUCAUAAUUGGAGCUGCAGUUGGUGGUUCUGUGUUGCUUGCGCUAUUUCUUCUAGCUGGUGUCUAUGCUUUUUGCCAAACGAUAAGAGCAGAAAAAGCAAUUGAAGAAAGCGAUCCAUUUGGACACUGGGAUGCGUGUGACAGCAGUGGCGCGAGACCUCAGUUACAUGGAGCAAGGAGGUUCUCUCUCAAAGAACUUCAGGAAUACACGAACAAUUUUUCACAAGCAAAUGAGAUUGGAUCUGGGGGUUAUGGGAAGGUUUCUCGGGGAACUCUUCCCAAUGGACAACUGGUUGCAAUAAAACGAGCUCAGAAACAAUCAAAUCAAGGGGCACUUCAGUUUAAAUCUGAAAUUGAACUCCUUUCAAGAGUUCACCAUAAGAAUCUGGUCAGCCUUGUGGGAUUCUGCUUCGAGCGAGGAGAACAAAUCCUGGUUUAUGAAUUUGUCCCCAACGGAACCUUGAAGGAUAGCAUCUCAGGGAAGUCGGGUAUAGUGUUGGACUGGACUAGAAGGUUAAAAGUAGCCCUUGGUUCUGCCAGGGGUUUGGUUUAUCUUCAUGAACAUGCCAAUCCUCCUGUUAUACACAGGGACAUUAAAUCAACCAACAUCUUGCUGGAUGAACACUCGAAUGCAAGAGUUGCUGAUUUUGGUCUUUCCAAGCCUGUGGACAAUUGUGAAAAAGAUCACGUUACUACACAAGUUAAAGGAACAAUGGGCUAUUUGGAUCCGGAUUAUUGCACAACUCAACAGUUGACUGAGAAAAGUGAUGUCUAUAGCUAUGGAGUGGUAUUGUUGGAGCUGUUAACUGCAAGAAAACCAAUACAAGCAGGGAAACAUAUUGUGAAAGUAUUUAGGAGUACAAUUGAUAAGACAAAAAGAUUGUAUGGCCUUCACGAAAUUCUUGACCCAGCUCUUGACUUAGGAUCCCCAUUGAAGGGACUGGAGAACUUUGUUGAUCUUGCAAUGAAGUGUGUUGAGGAUUCAGGAGCUGACAGACCGACAAUGAGCGAUGUGGUGAAAGAAAUAGAACACUUGUUGAAGUCUGCUGGUCUGAACUCCACUGCUGAAUCAUCAGCAUCUAAUUCAGCUACCUUCGAGGAGUUAAGUAAUGCGACUUCCCAAGUGUUCUCAACAGCACUGAGUCUCCGGAUUCAAGUUCACUCGACAACGUCAGAAAGAUUAAGCACAAGAGCCCAGGCAAACUGGUGGUUGAGACUUGAUAGUGCGGUGAUGGUGAAUCUAAUUCGGGGCGGCGGACAGAGGAUUAGCAAGUGCAAGAUCAAUGGGGAAGAUAUCCAAGACUUGAGAAAAAGCAACUGUCAUGUAUGAUAUAUAUAGAAUGUCGCUUGAUUAUCCUUUUUUUGUUUGUUUUCUUUCUCCAUCUCAUGAGGCACAUGUUUCCUUAAUUAUGCCGACACUGGAUAAGUCUUCAUGGGGUUCCUGACUUCCUGUUAUGUGUACAUGGCAAAUUUCUCGUGUAUGUGUUCGUGAAUAUACAUAUCUUACAAUAAAAUCUCGAGUGCAGGUUGCUAGUUCCUCAAAUGCUGAUAUCAAUUUGCUGAAGUUGCUCUCCUUGCUUAAAAUAUCCAAUAAGAGCAGAGAUCAGAAAUGGAAAUAGAAUCAAGCUUGCAUUAUGGUAGUUUGAGUAAAGGGAAAUGACAACUUUUGCAUAGGAUAUUAACAACAACAACAAUAAACCUUUAUCUCACUAAGUGGGGUCGGCUACAUAGAUUGUAAGAUGACAUUAUGCUCUAUCAUUUAUCAAGCUUUUAGAAAUAUUAUUAACUAAGAGAUCACGUUUAACAA